CGUUCUUUGUAAUUAGUAGAUCGGAAGAAAAACAGAAAUUGCCAAUGAAGUGGAAUAUAACUUUACCGCUCUUUGCAAGUUUGCUUGUCAUUCAAAAUGCUUUAUGUUCUGAGAUUCCACAUGACAUAGAAAACGUUUUAAAGAGAUUGCAACACAUGGAAGAUAAAGUUGCUGCUCAAGGUACUGAAAUCGCUGCUCAAGGUACUGAAAUCGAAGACCUACGUAAAACCAAUACAGAGUUAAAGAGGUCAAAUCAAGACCUGCGUAAGUCAAUAGCAGAAUUACAAGAAACAAGUAAAGAGAACCAUGACUGUCAUGCUCUGUUAUUUGGAUCAAACUCAGUACAGCGUCAAUUCCGUCUUGAGAAUAAUCAAAGGAGAGCUUUCUUUGAAAAGGUAGAGAAAUCUAAGCGUUUUGUUAUGAACAACGAAGGACCAGUGGCAUUCACAGCAGCUAUUAAACCAACGGUAGUUUAUCAUCUCAAACAUAUGGACACAAUCAAGUUUGAAACAGUGAUAACGGAUAUAGGAGGAGGGUACAACAACCAGUCAGGCAUGUUCGUUGCUCCAGUAUCAGGUAUCUACGUGUUCAGUUGCUCCCUGAUGGAUCACGAUGCAUCUCAAGGUGUUAUGGUGCAUGCUGAAAUUAUACACAACCAGCGUGUACUUGGCCGAAUAUUCGCUCAUGCUGAAGGGGGGUCAUAUCGUGACCAGGGUGCACAAACAGUGUUUACACACGUUAACCAAGGCGACCAAAUAUGGGUGAGAACAAUUGACAACCCGGAUCUUGCACUUGGUGGAGAAUUAUAUUCAACAUUUUCUGGUUACUUGCUCCUUGCAAUGUAAUAAUAUCUUUAUUAAUAAAAAUUGAAAAAAAA